AUGUCUUUCCCCAUCAUUGACGUUUGGGCGAACCCCGUCCUCCCUUUGGACGAAGGCGUACCGGAGGUCCGUCGUCUAUUCGAACAGUCUCAUGCUGAUAGCAGCUUGCUAUCCCGGAGACGGACACCCGAUGAGCUCGUCGCUCUCAUGGAUGCCGCGGGGGUUUCAAAGAUAUGCCUCUGCGCAUGGUACCGACCAGGGCAAGUAGUCUUCUCCAACGAAGACGUGGCGCAGUUCACUCGCGCCUAUCCUGACCGUUUCAUCGGGAUUGCCGGUGUCGAUCUGCAUGAUCCGGUCAGCUACGUGCAAGAGGUGGAAAAGUACGUCAAGGUUGAAGGGUUUAAAGGUGUUCGCGUGGUGCCAUGGCUUUGGAAUCUACCACCAACAGACAAGCACUACUGGCCGCUCUAUGUCAAGUGCAUCAAGCUCAAUAUUCCCUUCUAUAUCGACGAGGUGGCCCUGGCAUUCCCCUCGCUGUCAAUUAUCUGUGGACAUAUUGGUUUUCCCUGGACACAAGAGAUGAUCGGUGUGGCGUGGAAGCACCCGAAUGUGUACAUCGACACUUCAGCAUAUCUACCGAAAUAUUAUCCAAAGGAACUGAUACAAUUUGCAAACACCACCGGAAGGAAAAAGGUCAUGUUUGGAACAAACUUCCCCCAAUUAAGCUGGAGCAAGUGCGUCGAGUCAGCGAACCGGGAUAUCGAACUUCGGGACGACGUCAAGGCAGAUUUCUUUGGCGGAAAUGCUGUCAGGGUGCUCAAGCUUGGGGCUGUUGCCUUGAGCAAAGAGAAGCUUUGA